CCAGCCGACAGAGAGCUGGGGGCCAAGACGCACCAAGACCGCUGGGCCACCGCUAUGGAGUUCAAGCAGAAACAAAUCAAGUUUUUGGCCCAGCAGUUCCUGGACAGCAGCCAGGUCAAGAAACCCCGAAAGACACCCCUGCUGUAUAAGAGGCAUGCACAAUACCCAUGGAGCCGCCUGAGCAGAGAAAGCAGCGCACCGCCCCUCUUCCCCGAUAUUUAUUCCGCCAGGCAGAACAGGCGGCGGGCAAGCCCGGAGGGCCGGCUGACGCUGGUGCUGAACAUGGAUAGUCCUGGGCCAGCAGCCUACUCCCCUCCCAACGUCAACUACAGGGAGACCAGCGCUCCGUCCUACACCUUUGGGUGGAAGACGCCGCCGAGAGAAGGCGGAGGGCGCCGCGCCUGGCAGAAAUCCUGGUUCCAGAGCAAGCAUCCUUUCACCAAGAAAGCGGAUUUCAUGCGUGAGACCAACUGGCCCUCUCCGCUCGACUACGGCCGCCCCCUGGGCUCGCAGCCAGCCAAUGGGCCCAGUAGCCCCAACUUCACCAUGGGACAGAAGGGAGAGUUCAGUUUCAUCAACAAAAACACCUUGAACCACCCAGCCCCCAACAGCUACUCGACAGACUGCGCCUACUUCCACAUUCUCCAGAGAGCGCCAGCCAUCAUCAUCAGCCCUGCCCCACAAGCCGCGUUCCGGUGGGCAAGCAAACAGGGGACGCCCGGGCCUGCCGCUUACAACGUGGAGAGGGGCCACACUGCCCGCCUGCCCAACUCCCCGAGCUUCUUCAUCCAAGGAGUGAGGCGCCCCAAGAAGCACGAGACGGGGCCCUUCUCGACGCUGUAGUGCCACAGGACGCAACGGCAGCCACGCCCCGGCCGGACCACACCGGCUCCGGCGCAGUUUCACUUCCGGAGGCAGCUCUUGUAACUGAAUACAGGCUGGAGUUUGUUAA